GGCCGUUGCCUGGUGACCGUUGGCGCCGUGAGGGGCGAGCCGUGAGGGGCGGGAGGCGGCCCUGAGGGGCGCCUCGGCCGCCGCUCCGCCCCGCGUGAGAACAGUCCCCGUUUUGCGUCUCCUGAACCGAGAUCUAUACAGUUCCAUGGAUUCCCACACCUCUCGAAGUCUGGGCCCCCCUGGUUAAGUCUCACCAAUGCAAGGUCCAGGAACGCCUGUGGACAGGCUCUGUGAAUUAACGGUGACUCAAGAAGUGCCAGACCUACCCACACAUCUUGAAGAAAAACAUUAGGUGAAUCCAGCACACCCAGUAAAGAAGUACUUAACACUAAUGACAUGAAGAUGUCUGAAGUUUCUGAAGUCAUGACUAAAGCUGAAAUCAAACCAAAAUCUAUGCACCGUGCCAAAAUAUGGUCAAAUGACGUAGAGAACUUAUACAGAUUUCAGCAAGCUGGAUACAGAGAUGAGGUGGAAUAUAAACAAGUUAAACAAGUUGAUAAGGUAGAGUGCUGGCCAGAAACUGGAUUUGUUAAGAAACUCCAGAGAAGGGACAAUACAUUCUAUUAUUACAAUAGGCAAAGAGAAUGUGAAGACAAAGAUGUCUGUAAAGUGAAAGUUUAUGUGUAUUAGUGUUGUUAGUGUUCUGGUUGGUUUGUUUUUAUAAAUUGUUUCUUAAGACCUGUAAGUAAAUGAAUGUGUAAUCUGGCUUUCCUUAAGUAUCCAUGUCAUGCUUAGAUAAAUAGGGAAGUGCUGGAAAUGUAGAGAAGCCUGAACUAUAGACAUAGAAACUUCAUUUUUUCCUUCCUGUAACUAAAAGUCUUACUAUUCCUCAUUUUCCUGGUUAGAAAUGCUUUGACAUAAAGCUAAAAAUGUGGUAAAUGGGCAUAUAUUUCAGUUAACUGUAUAACAUCCAUUGUAAGUACAAGCAUCAAUCUUUAUUCCAAACAAUAUAAUCAAGUUGGCACUGGUUAAUGUCAGCCACAGUCUCUUGGGGUAGCUAAAGGAUAUGAGAUUCCAAGGGGCCAAAAUGAGGCCAGAACACUGAUUAAUAUUUCCUUAGAGCAGAGCAAGAAAAACAAGCAAAGAAUUUAAAUAAAGGAUGCUGAACAAUCAAGUAACAAUGGCCAGUGCUGAGCUGCAGAUAUAAAGGCUUGUUAUUGUGAUAGAAAGAGUCGCAACAGAAAUGUCUUUCUGUCUAUCCCCAAAGUAUUUUUGUCAGGUGCCAGUAUUAAUUACUCAAAGAGGAAGUAUUAAUUGACUUAGCAGAAUGUACCUUCUUGCAGGGGUAGAUUGUGGAUUAAAUCCAAGAUGUUUGGAAUCUGGAGUAUAAAACUACAGGGAGAACGUGAAAUCCACGCUUGGUAAUAUUUAGGGGAAAGUGACAUACACAGAUAAUAUAUGUUAUUUCUGGGCAGAAUUCAUCUCAUCUAACUUCAAAUGUCGCAUUAUCAACAUCCAUACCUGAUCCUGUCAUUUGGACAGCUUUUGUUCUGAAUAGAGAGAAGCUCUUGUGGGCACAAUUAAUUUAUUUUAAGCGCAGCUAUGGAACAUUUUAAAUAUGCUGCUGUGACAUCAGCUCUCCAGCAGCUGCCUGUACCUGGGCUACUGAAACACUCAAUGAGCAUGAGGAACUGUAGCUACCUUCACUUAUGAGGGGAUUUAAUUAAAAUACUUUGAGAUGCCAAAGCUCUUGAUAGUUGACCAGUAGAACAGACUGUUGUUAUGUAAACCAGUAGAUGUGUUUAUAGUAGCUACAAAAAAAUUGUUAUUAAUAUUUCCUAUCUCUAGACUGUUGACCAAGGGUAUCUAAACUCAGUUUUAUGCAUGACUUAGCAAUGUACAUUUGACCACCUAUCUUACGGAUAUUCGUCAUUUAUUUGAGCCUAAGAUGGAAGCAGACUCAAGAUGAGAAAUAGAGGACUUACAGCUCCUAGUCAAAAUAAGUAGUAUGAGUGCAAUAUUUAAAAGACCUCAUUGACAAUGACGGGUAAUGAUCUCCUCAUCUUAUAUAGACUACUUGGAAAGUUUUAGCUUAAAUUUGUAUGAGCUCUGCUAGAGAAAUGACUGAAAGAUCAUUUCAGUCAUUCACUCUGUAGCAACUAUGAAACUUACAUUCCCAGAAGGUUUUAAUGGCAUAUAGACAGUUACUGCAAUGUAGAGAAAUAAAGCAUUGUUACAAUG